AUGUUGUCUGCCAGAACUUGUUUGAACGCUAAGUCCCAACUUGGUGUGUUCAAGCUAACUUUGAAAGCAAGCAGUAUAGUAAGUGCAUCUACGUCUAGUGCUACAUUAAGAAUAGUUGUUAUGCCAUCGAUAUCAAAUUUACAACAAUAUAAUAAUUACUCCACGAGCCCGAAACCAGCUCCAAAGCUCACUCUUGAUGAUGUGAACGAAAACAUCUUGAAGGCUAAGUACGCUGUUAGAGGUAGAAUUCCUAUGAGAGCCGAAGAGUUGAAGGCUCAGUUGAAGAAAGACCCAGCUUCGCUGCCUUUCAAGAAGAUCAUCAACGCCAACAUCGGUAAUCCUCAACAGUUGGACCAAAAGCCAUUGACUUUCUACAGAGAGGUCUUGUCUCUACUGCAGCACCCAGAGUUGCUGGACGAAGCCGACGAGACUUUGUUGUCUCUUUACAAAAUCGACUCCAUUCAGCGUGCCAGAAAGCUUCUGGAGGAAGUUGGUGGUUCUGUUGGUGCGUAUUCGCAAUCACAGGGUGUGCAAGGUAUUCGUGAGACCGUCGCCAGUUUCAUCACCAAGAGAGAUGACGGCGAAAUUGCAUAUCCUGAAGAUAUUUUCUUGACUGCAGGUGCUUCCGCCGCAGUUUCAUACAUCCUUUCCAUGCUAUGUAAGGGCCCUAGUACUGGUGUGUUGAUCCCUAUCCCACAGUAUCCAUUGUACACAGCUUCAUUGGCGUUGAACAAUUCAAAACCUCUUCCAUACUACCUAAGAGAAGAGGAGAACUGGUCCACCGACCCAGAAGAGAUUGAAGAAGUCGUCCAAGAUGCUAUUAAAAAGGGUGUCAAACCAACCUGUUUGGUCGUUAUUAACCCAGGUAACCCAACAGGUGCUAUCUUGUCCGUCAACGCUAUCGAAUCGAUCUUUGAAAUCGCUGCCAAAUACGGUAUCGUUGUCAUUGCUGAUGAAGUUUACCAAGAAAAUAUUUUCAAGGGCUCCAAGUUCAAUUCGAUGAAGAAGGUGCUCAGAAACUUGCAAAAAGUUCACCACGGUAAAUUCGACAACGUCCAAUUGGCUUCCUUGCACUCGAUCUCCAAGGGUGUGUCUGGUGAAUGUGGUCAAAGAGGUGGCUACAUGGAAUUGGUUGGCUUCAGCCAUGAAAUUAGACAAGUGUUCUUAAAGUUGGCCUCUAUCUCCCUAUGUCCUGUCGUUACCGGUCAAGCCUUGGUCGACCUCAUGGUCUCUCCUCCAAAACCGGGUGAUGCCUCAUACGAACAAGAUCAACAACAACGUAAUCACAUUCACGAAGCAUUGGAAGAGCGUGCCACUAAAUUGUUUGAAACCUUCUCUCGCUUAGAAGGUAUCGAAUGCCGUAAGCCUCAAGGUGCUAUGUACUUGUACCCCAAGCUAGAUCUUCCUUUCAAGGCCAUCCAAGAAGCUUCACACAAGGAAAUGGAACCAGAUGAAUUCUAUUGUAGUGAACUACUAGAACACACUGGUAUCUGUACAGUGCCUGGUUCUGGUUUCGGUCAAGUACCAGGGACUUACCAUCUAAGAACCACUUUCUUGCCUCCUGGAACUGAAUGGGUUGACGCAUGGGAAAAGUUCCACAGAGAGUUUUACGACAGGUAUCGUGAUUAA